GGUAUUGGUCAAAUUGAAACGACAACAUUUAACAUUUCAGUAUUAUAUUGUAUUUUAUAAUAUAUUAAAAUAAUAUUAUAUGAGAAAGGAAGCAUUCCCAAAGCCCGUCAUCUUCCACGACGGCCGACUCGUCGGGAAGCCCACUCCACUGACGGCGCUGCUAGUUGUUCUCUGGUUCCCCAUCGGCGUUCUCUUAUCUCUCCUCCGCGUUUUCAGCGCUUCGCACCGCCGCCACCGGAGGAAGAGGAGUGGUGUUCGUUUGCUCCCACAGAACCACCCUCGACGCCGCCGCAUAACCACCACCACCAUCUCGUACUCCGCCGCCGCCAAACUGAUCGGACGGAAAUUUAUGGACGAGGGAAAAUCAUUGGUGAUGUUCCCGGAGGAGACAACCGGCCGUGGGCCCUACCUUCUGAUAUUCUCGCCGCUGUUCGCGGAGAUCUCCGAUCAGAUCGUGCCGGUGGCGGUCGCCGUGAAAACGAGCGUGUUCCACGGAACGACGGCGAGGGGGUACAAGUGGCUUGAUGACCCUUUCUUCUUCUACAUGAACCCUUUUCCGGCCCACCAAAUUAUUGCGAAUAAUGUCCAGAAAAUGAUUGCCCAGAGUUUGAAAUACGAAGCCAGUGAUUUUACCAGGAGAGACAAGUAUCGAGCAUUUGUCGGAAGUGAUGGACACGUGUAA